AUGGCGGACUUGCAGGAGGCGCGAGAACAGUUAAUGGAAGUUCUCGGCGAUUUAGCUUCGAAAUAUUGGACAACAUUGUCGCUUUGGUACAAGAAGAAGCUUUCUAAGGAAGAGUUUGACAUUCAGAUCGGGCAACUUUUGGGUGAAGGCAAUCUUAAUGUCCAUAAUCGAUUUUUGUACGCGCUGCUAUCGAAGUGUCAGGAAAUGUGUUUAACUUCUGGUACACCGAAUAAGAACCUGUCGCGUCCUUCUGUAACUUCUGUAGCAAGCCAGAGAAAUACUGAACAUAUUAGGAAACACGUUAGACCGGCAAAAGUUAACUUUGAACAAAGAUUCCAACCGUACAGUGUUCUAGAGGGGGCAGAUAAUGUUGGAAAAGUUGUUCUGACUGAUGAUAGUGAAAUAAGCUUGUGUUCGUACGAGUUUACUCUGCCUGAUGUACAGGCAAUGAAUGGAAGGUUAUUCCUCGGAGCCUGGGACGCUGGUUUAGAGUCGGUUGAAGACCUGGGCUCCAACGCAGCUAAGCUAGUGAUAUCCGCAGUCAAACAUCACAUCAAGGACAUAUUAACUGCCUGCUGUUCACGCAAAGGAGGUUUUAGAUUAAGAGACGGACAUUUUAAGUACGGUUUAGAUACAAGUUACGUCAAGCCCCAUAUUUGGAAUAGUUUAGACUCGUAUUCUCCACAUUCAUUUCUUCUGCACCAAGGGCAGACGGAACUGACAGAAGCGGACGCCGCGAUCACUGUGGCAAGCAGUCAUCACCCCACAUCACAUACGUCGAUAUCUACAUAUGAACUAAGAGAGGUGUUACAAGUGCACUGCAGAGUUAUACCCUCGCAUACUGUGUAUGCAGCGAAUAUGGAGAGAAUACUAAGCCGCCUGUGGCAUCCAAGUCAUGAUGAAAUCGAACAGGAAAGACUACAUCGAUUGGAGGCCAAACGAAGACAGAGCAAACUCAGACAACAAAGAAGCUUAAGAUUAUAAACUUAUUGGAACUAUAUAAAUCACUCUAGCUUACUGAACAUAUGAAACAAUAAUGUAAUUUUAUUGUUGAUUGUCAUUUGUUACUUGAUGUUACUUCUCAUAUGUUAUACUUGUCAGUUUAAACUACUUCGCGAG